UCAUAAUCACAUUGAUUUCUUAGGAAUAUAACCAGAAUUGUGCUUUAAACAUUCGCAAUUUUUAUUUAGGUAAAACAGUCGAGUAUCAUCAGUCUCAACCAUCAUUAAAAACAAUAUGCUUUUGUUGACAGCAUUUGUAAUUACUUGGACAACAAUUAUCAAUGAAGUUUAUUCAGUGAUGCCCAUUGAUCUUCCAUUGGACAUUGAAGAUGGUAACUGGUUGAUAAAAGCAAAGCUUACAGACGAAAGCGAUAGCUCAGUGCAAAUCAAAGUCGAUGAGUACAUUCAAUCUAAAAAUGGAACAAUAAGAGGCAAAAUAGUUGCCAAAAUAGGCAAAGAGGACCCAAUGGACAUAUUUUAUACAGACGCAAAGCACUACGAACGAUUACGAGUUAGAGAUCCACUUUGUGACCAUUUUUUGUACAAAAAUAAAGAGGGCUGGGAUCGUUUCCUGGACGGAGUAGAAAAGGAUAACUUUGCCAAUCAUUUGAUAUUGGUUGGACCUUCAGUUAUAUUUAGAAUUAAUAAAUUGUCGCCUGUCUGGACCUCAGGUCAAGAUGUUGUUAUCAGGGGCUUUAAACAGCAUAGUGCGACCUUUUCUCUUGAUCCAACCCUCAAUGUGUGGUUCUAUUAUAAUGGUAACAGUCUUGAAGGAUUGAAAAGACCGACUCGGGCUUUGUUUUCUGGUUAUGACCACAAAUCUUACGUGCGAACAGAAGGUCGAUUCUGGUAUGACUUAUAUACUAUUACUCGAAUUGACCAAAAUUUCGAUACUAUUGUAACGCCUGAACCUGGCUUAGUUUGUACCCAAUACUUCAAUUAUACUUCAACCAGCAUACCUUUUCCAAAAUUAACUCAACAUGCAUUACACUUUAUUGUCAAAGCCAAAGAUUUAAAUGCAGGACCAGAGAAGAAAGAAGAAGUUUAUGCUGAUGAAAAGAACCAAAUCUUACGAAGCAAAAGUGCUACUUAUGGAAAGGAUAAUAAACUCAUUACAACUGAUAUCAUUUAUGAUUAUCAAUUAGGACUUGAAUAUGAAUUUACAGAUGAAGGAAAAUGUUCAGUUUCUCCGAUGAGUUUAUCAGCACCUGGUCUAGUUCAAGAUUCAUCAUUGACUUAUGGCAACUAUAAACUUGAUUUGAAUCGAUUACUCAACUUUGAUUUGAAUUAUCGUUACUUGGGACCAGCACUUUUCGGGGAUCGAGAUGAGAUUGGAAUACAUGCCUGGGAAAUACUCAAUAAAGGCGCAGAGCUUGGUGGCCAAUCUUAUCCAAACGUCGUUACAACUCAGUAUUUCAGUGAACUAACAGAUGGACGAACUGAUUACACACUUGUUGGUACAACAAAGAAAGCUUAUGACAGCAAUAAUAAAUUGCUUGCCUCCCUCACAAAAAGUUACUUCAAUUAUGAUUAUAAGAUGAGUUCUUCAGAUAGCAUGGAAAAGUUUUCAGUUAGAGACUGCUAUGCUGACCCGAAAGCCCAAAAAACAAUAGCAUUCUUCUUCACUUGCACAGAUAUUCCUUGUGAUUACUUCAACCAAUAUUAUUAUCAAAUGCAAGAUAAAGUUAAAGAAGCACUUGUCAACAUUGGAACAAUUUCAGCAUCAAGAAUCGCGAAUAUUGAACCAAUUAUAGGUUCUAAAGAGAUAAUUACUUAUGUUACGAUUUUGGACUUUCCAGGAAUAAAAAAUGCAUUUAAGAUGCAAAAUAUGAAAUUAGCUGAGGACACAUUAGCAACUUCAUCUAGCGUUAUGAUUGAUGAAGAAGCUUGUUUGAGGACGAAUUCAUAUAAAUAUGAACCAUUCACAGCCAUCGCAUUCUAUAAGACUGAAAAUGGUAAUGUGUGUCAGAGAAUUGAUGGUAAAAAAGUAAAACUCAUUGAAGAUGAGAAUAAUGGCAUGCCUUGUUCCGUUUUCAUGACACCAUUGAAGAAUAUUUAUCGUUAUAGUCGAGAAUUACCUUUGGAAAAUAUUCACGAGAAACUCGCUCAUAUUGAAAUCUCACUGGUUUCCCCCAACAACAACGCGAUGUUUACAUUGACUCCAUACCAAGUGAAAGAUGUAACUAAAGUCAAUGACAAUUUAACUAAUUCAAUAUAUGAAAACAUCAUUCAAAACACCAAACUAAUGGAAGACAAGCUUAAUACAAUUCAAGUUUUUGGUACUAUUGACUUAAGCUCGUGCCAUCGAAAAUGUGUUCAGUCAGCUGAGAAUAGUUGUCGAUCUUUUUCAUUUUGCACUUAUGCUGAUAGAGUUGAAUGCUUUGUAUCGACGAUUUCAAAUGUUUCAUCUGAAAAAAUAACUCAUGAAGCAUCGUGUGGUACCUAUUUAAUUGAGAAUCUAACAAAAUUUAAGAAAAUUUCGUUAAAAAAAUUUAACAAUAUUGAAAAAUCUGUAGCAUUCGAGAGUUCUCUUGGGAAAUGUGCUUCAUUGUGUUCCAAUUCCGAGUCAUGUAAAUCAUUCCAAUUUUGUUCUGGUUCAUGUAGUUUAGCAGGUUAUUAUACGGAUGAAUCAAGCGUUUAUAGUGAAAGCUGCGAUAUUUAUUUUCCAAAAGUAUUGGACAGAUUUGAAUUAACUGGAAAAUGGAUCGUAGCAGACGUGUUCCACACUGAACUGAAUCUCAAUGCUGAUGAAUGUGCCGCUCUCUGUUUUCAAUGGAACGAUUAUGACACAGUUUGUCAGUCUUUCAAUUUUUGUCCAGCACAUGGCAAAACAUCGAGCAUGUGUCAUUUAUCGAAAUAUUCAAGACAUGAUGCUAAUGAGAAACUGAUUCACUCUGAUACUUGUCAAAAUUACGAAAGGACUAAACAGAGUGAGAAUGAACAACGAAAUACUGAGAUUAUCAGUAAAGUUACACAUUCUGGACAGGUUUAUGGAAUCAUCGUACUAUUUGUUACCACUGGACUGGUUUCUGGAAUCGUUGUUGCAAUGGUGUAUCUCAAAUUUUUUUCUGUAAAGAGCGAUGCAACUCAAAUCUACAAUCGUAACACAUUCAGUUGGUCUAAGCAACUAAACGAUGAAAGACAAUCUGUGAAUGGUGAAGGUUCAUUGCAAAUUUCAUCUGAUUAUGCUGUUCCUGUGAGUGAAUGAAGAGAAUAAAAUAUUGAAAUAAACUUUAUAAGAUCCAAAUAAUCUAUUAUGUUACUAUCGUUCACAUGAAUAAAGCCAGCUUCAAGUAUUGUGCUUGAUAAUUCCUAUUGA